AUGGCCUUGAAGUCAGCAAAAGAAAUCUGUGAGUUCCUCAAAAGUGAGUAUGAAGGUGAUGAGAGGAUUAAAAGCAUGAAAGUGUUGAACUUUGUGCGAGAAUUUGAGAGAAUGAAAAUGAAGGAUUCUGAGUCAAUUAAAGAGUACUUAGAUAAGUUGAUUGGGAUUGUUAACAAGGCAAGAGCAUUACGAACCAAUUUAUCUGACAAUAGAUUGGUUCAGAAUAUUCUAGUUUCAGUACCUAAGAGAUAUGAAGCAACCAUUGAUACCUUAGAAAAUACUAAAGACCUCUCAAAACUCAAGGUGAUAGAAGUGGUUAGUGCUUUGCAAGCACAAGAGCAGAGGAGGUUGAUAAGACAAGAAGGAAGCAUUGAGGGGCCAUUGAAAGCUAGAGUGCAGCAGGGGGAAGGUGGAAGAGAGAAGAAGGGAAGUGGCAGUAGUAGCUCAGAGUCUGCUGCAAAGGAUGCUGGUAGUGCAUACAAGCACUAUGGGAAGCAGAAUCAUCCACAUUUCAGAUGCUGGAGAAGGCCAGAUGUGAAGUGUAAAAGAUGUCAUUUAUUGGGACACAUUGAACAAUUCUGUAAGGAAGUAAAAACUCAACAGCAAGGAGGAGCACAUGUUGUAGUACAACAAGAAGAAGAUCAACUCUUUGUGGCUACUUAUUUUUCAUCAAUCACUCAAUGUGAUGAUUGA